UGAGCACGGUCGGACAAAAUGAACAUGGCUGGGCCAUUCCUAGCACUAAAAUGUCAUUCUAUUGCAACUUCGUCGGCGGUAUGCACUACCAGGAAUGAAGUACCACCGAGCGACCACACCACACUCCGGGCACAAACGUUUUGCUGUAGUUUUGCAGCACAGAUCAUAGCAGCCUCGCCGGCCUCGCCUCCACACAUUCAAGGAUUCUGUUGAUUCGGUGAAAUCGGCCAUGAUGCAGUUUUACAACCACACUACCGUAUACAUUUAAUUACAAACGUGCGCCUUUAAUGAAUACGUUUAAUUUAAUAAAUUACCUUAAUUCAAAUUAUAUUUUUGCAAAUAUUUUUUAAGUUAAUUAUAUAAUCAUGAUAAUUGUAAAACCGCAAUACUACAUUCCCAGUUGGAGGCCGGCGAUGAACAGCUGAUUCAGCUUGCUGGGCACAAUAUUUUUCGCGCGCAAAAUCGCAUGUUUCUCGAUCCGGUCGUGGUUUCUUUCUGGUACUGUGUUUUUGUCAUGAGACUGUGGCGCGCUGUCAAGUUCAUCAGCUGAUUUACGUACUACAGCUAGUAUAACACGUUCCGCGUAAUGCGCCACCAUGGAGUGCUCCGACGCCGAGUUCAUCGCGGAGAAGACGAGCAUCUCCGUGGUGCCCAACUUCAGGCACGACAAGGUGUACCUGAUUGCUGGCGACGUGGGGCCCUUCGAGCCCAACCUGCCGGUGCAGGUGCCCCUGUGGAUGGCGCUGAACCUUAAGCAGCGGCAGAAAUGCCGCAUCGUGCCCCCGGCCUGGCUGUCCAAGGAAUAUCUGGAGGACAAGAAGCAGGAGGAGAUAGAUUCGCCGCUCUUCACUAAGAUGCCGAGCGACCACUACCUGGAGGUGACGCAGAUGCUGUUCGACGUGGCCGCCACGGACAUCCCGGACGCGAGCGAGGUGCAGACGCUCGUCAAGGACAUUUGGGACAUUCGCCUGGCCAAGCUGAGGAGUUCGGUAGACGCCUUCGUGAAGAGCGACGAGGUGCACGCCCGGAUCGAUCAUCUGACGGUCAUGGAGAUCAACACGGUACGGCGGUUGCUGUCCGCCGCUCUCUGCCACCUCAACAGGCUACGGCAGGGUUUCGGUGACGGCUCUUCUUCUCAGAGCCAAGUACUCUGAGGUGCGGGGAAAGGAUGCCGCACACAACCACCACCAUCAUCAACACUCAACGUAACCGAAGGAUCCAGACAGUGCUCGACGGAAAAGAGCACUCCGCGGUGCAUCCCGUCGGCUCAGUCUUCGAGCAUCAUGGAAACCAGUCCCGCAUCUUGGCACUCCUGGUCGUUCAGUCUCCUGUUCUGCAUUUGCAACGGAGAGAGACAAUGCAAACAUUUCAUUUGUGGUACGAAACCACCCCUGUUGGCUUUACGUUUUUGUGAACUUCGACGCGCCAUUCGAUUGACGCAUCGGACCUAUCUACACUGCAAAGCUUGUUAAACUAAAACUUUAGUUUGUACUUA